CGCGAGAGAGAGUUUCCAGUGGCCCGCUGUUGCUAGGGGAAGUGACGCAGCGCAGCGCUCGGAUGAUUGAUGUGCUCGAGCUUGAAGAUACACAGAGCAGUCAAUGGUCGAUCCAGGGCCAGCGGAGCAGGAAGGGACUCGUCCUCGAAAUCCGACUUCAUCCUUUUUUAAACUGACUAUUUUCAGGGUGAAAAUUACUAGAGCAUAAAGUUCACACUCUACUCUUUUUAACGAGCCUAAUAUUUUGAUAGUUACCGAUUCGGAAUGUUAGAAAGCGACUGGUGAAAAUUGGGUAGCUACUGUGAAGGGAAUUAGCAAGCUAGCAGGGGGAAUCUGGCUGGGAGAGACAGAAGAAUAGACGGAUAACAAAGAGCGGAUUUUCGUUUCUUUUAUCAAACACUCCGAACAUAUAUCAUUUAAAUUAUUCCCGUUAAAGCUAGCUUCAUCGCUAGCUUUGUUAUUUAGCCAUUUACCAUGGAAUUGAGAGUAGGAAACCGAUACAGACUGGGAAGGAAAAUCGGCUCUGGAUCCUUUGGUGACAUUUAUUUGGGCACAGACAUCUCCGUGGGGGAAGAAGUAGCCAUCAAGCUAGAAUGUGUGAAAACGAAGCACCCACAGCUGCACAUCGAGAGCAAGAUCUACAAAAUGAUGCAAGGAGGCGUCGGUAUCCCAACAAUCAAAUGGUGUGGAGCAGAGGGAGAUUACAAUGUGAUGGUGAUGGAGCUGCUGGGACCCAGUUUAGAGGAUCUCUUCAAUUUCUGUUCUCGCAAGUUCAGCCUAAAGACUGUUCUUCUGCUGGCUGACCAGAUGAUCAGCCGAAUCGAAUACAUCCACUCCAAGAACUUCAUCCACAGAGACGUCAAGCCCGACAACUUCCUUAUGGGCCUGGGGAAGAAGGGCAACCUUGUUUACAUCAUUGACUUUGGCCUGGCCAAGAAGUACAGAGAUGCUCGCACCCACCAGCACAUCCCUUACCGCGAGAACAAAAACUUGACUGGCACUGCUCGCUACGCUUCCAUCAACACCCACUUGGGAAUAGAGCAAUCCAGACGAGAUGACUUGGAGUCUCUUGGCUAUGUGCUCAUGUACUUCAACCUGGGCUCUCUGCCAUGGCAGGGUCUGAAGGCUGCCACAAAGAGACAGAAGUAUGAGCGAAUCAGUGAGAAGAAAAUGUCCACUCCUAUUGAAGUCCUGUGCAAAGGAUACCCAUCUGAGUUUGCCACAUACCUCAACUUUUGCCGUUCCCUUCGCUUUGAUGACAAACCCGACUACUCUUACCUGAGACAGCUCUUCAGGAACCUUUUCCACCGGCAAGGCUUUUCAUACGACUACGUGUUUGACUGGAAUAUGCUCAAAUUUGGCGCAAACAGAGCGGCAGAAGAUCCGGAGAGGGAGCGGAGGGACCGAGAGGAAAGAUUGCGGCACGGGCGGAAUCCUGCUGCCCGUGGCAUGAUGCCUUCCAGCUCAGGUAGACCCAGAGGAACGCAAGAAGUAGCACCUCCCACACCCCUCACGCCAACCUCACACACAGGAAUGGAGCGAGAGAGGAAGGUCAGUAUGAGACUGCACCGGGGAGCCCCUGUCAACAUUUCCUCCUCUGAUCUAACUGGCCGUCAGGACACCUCACGCAUGUCCACAUCACAGAAUAGCAUUCCCUAUGAUCACCACGGCAAGUAGAUGCUCGCCAUGUUCUGGUAUGAGAGACAGCAUUGGGCUCUUUCUCGCGUCACCCCAAGUGGCCUGCAGUCUGCCGUACCUCGAUGAGACCCUCCACAUGCCUCGAGAGCAGACCAACCACGGCCCUGAUCUGCACUAGGACUUCUCCAGCAGCCUCUAACCAUGUGAAAUCAACCUCAGCAAAUCAAAUCGAAGCAGACUUCAUUUCCUCCUUCCUCUCAAUGCAAUUAAAUACACUUGAGAGUCACGCAAAACUUGAGAGAUGGACAGUUUUUGGUUUUCUUUUCUUCUUUUGGCACAUACACCACACACACAAACAUUUCCUCACAUACACACCUACACUACUCCAAAAAGACACCUUGGGCACGUUAGUUGUGCUUGUUAACAUCACUUUCUGCCAGACAAUCGCUGGCGAGACGGGAGGGACGGGGCGGUGCGGGGCGGGGCGGGGGGGGCGUGAUUCUCGGCCAUCGCUGCCUUUGACCCUCUGACACACUCCAGGAGGAAAGGGCCGUCCUCCUGCCGUUCAGAGGCCUCUUUGCAAAGCAGAGCGUCUUGGCUAAAGCCUUGUACAAUGGCUCUGAUAGUGUGGCUCACCCUCUCCUGUUGCAAAAAAUUACUUUUACACAGCUUGGAAUGCAGCUGUACUGAUAGCCAUUGACAUUUUGCUUACCGUAAUCUUUUAUUUUUGUCUUUUUGUUUAUGUACAACAGAGAUUAAAUUGAUUUCACACUGGCUACAGUCUUUUGCAGAUGAAUCUUAUCUUUUUUGUUAGUUUAACAGCGUUAAGCUUAAUGAAACAUGCAGAAUUAUUAAAUAGACUUGUUUGAAAGCCUGUUCGUUAAUGUGGCAGGAUGAAGACUGUGUCCUUUUUAUGUCUUUUUGUAGUUUAUUAUGCGGAAGGCCAGGUGGAGAAACAUACAGCAAUGGUUCGAGUAGUCGUACCCACAGUACCACCUUCAUACCGUUACAGCUUCUUAGAUUUUAUUAUUUUUAUUAUUUUUUUUUUUUUUAAUUUUCUUUGCACCAAGCAACCUGGCCCUCUUUAUCAAGUCUAGUAGUUUUUGCCCACUGAUUUUUAUUUUUUAUUUUUUAUUUUUUUUUAUUGCAUUCCCUAAAGCUUUUCUUUUGUUUUUCAAAAGCUGUGAAAUGCCUGUAUUGUAUAGUUGUUGAUGUUAUUAAUGUUGCUGUUUGUUUCUUUUUUCUUUUCUUUUUUACCCCCUGAACUAAGCUUUUACAGUAACGCAGGCACACGUGGUUGGGUCAAGACUGUUGGACAGUGUCACUAAAAACAUUUAUAGCAGUUCAGGAAGUCUAAUAAUGAGAAAAGGGCUUUGUUUUUCUGGCCAGAGGGUGUAAACUUUGAAAAACUCCUGUUAAUCGGAGAGGUUUGGGCAUAUGUUGAGACAAACUGGCACUUUUUCUUUUACCAUUUGUGUUUGGAUGUGGAAGGCCAGCUUGUCUCAUCGAGAGAACACCAGCCAUCAUUAAAGCCAUGCCUGAUUUCUUUUUGAUUUUCUUUUGACUGACACUUUUAACAAUUGAGAUGCAAGCUUUUGUUUUUCUUCAACUUUGUUUUCUGAGUAUUAACAAUGCUUUUAGUACUACUUUUCCCUUGUUUCAGAAGUGUGGUUCCUUGACUUACUGGUGCUAUAAGUCACAGAGGACAUGUGGAAGGGGCGAGCUGCCUGUCCAUAUCAUUCAGCAUAGUAGAGCGUAGGCUUUUUCUGUAGUCAUGGGGUGGGGGGGCUAGUGGUGAAACUCCGAAAAUUCUGUUGUCAUGUAUAUAGGAUGUUUCUAGUGAUGGCAAAGUACCAUUUUUUUCAUAGCCACUGUCUGUGUGUGUGUGUAUCGUGAGUAUGGGGAAAAGGCUAGUGCUUAGAGAGGUGAGAGGGACUUUGUUCAUUCUAGAUUUGAUAAGUUAGUAAUUUUCUCUCCACUGGUGGUCUCACAGAAACAGCCGCUCCAGUACUGGUGGUGUUUAAACGUAGGCACAAGUACACUUUGUCGGGGAUCGAGCUAUUAUGGAUUUCUCUAUUUCAUUUUUUCUGGUUCAUUCUACACACGACUGCUUGGCCAGUCCUUCUGCAUCACACUGUGCUGUAUCAGGUGGAAUUAUAGAAAUCUUCCUUCCCUGGAAGAUUUUUUUCCUCAUUUGUAUUGCCACUGUAUUUGUGUAUUUUAAAAUGUGUAAAUAAAUUAAUAAGUACUUGUAA